UGCUCCCCGCCAUGGUGGCCACCGAGGGGCUGCGCGAGAUGGAGGGCAGCGCGCUGCGCCGGCUCGUGGGCCGCGACGAGGCCGGGGCCGGCGGCGCCGCGCGGUGCCUGGUGCUGGACUGCCGCCCCUUCCUGGCGCACAGCGCCGGGCACAUCCGCGGGGCGCUCAACGUGCGCUGCAACACGAUCGUGCGGCGGCGGGCCAAGGGCGCCGUGAGCCUGGAGCAGAUCCUGCCGGCCGAGGGCGAGGUGCGCGCGCGGCUGCGGGCCGGGCUCUACGCCGCCGUCGUGGUGUACGACGAGCGCAGCCCGCGCGCCGAGGCCCUGCGCGAGGACAGCACCGUGGCGCUCGUGGUGCGCGCGCUCCGGCGCGACACGGCGCGCGCCGACAUCCGCCUGCUGGCAGGGGGCUAUGAGCGCUUCUCCUCGGAGUACCCCGAGUUCUGUGCAAAAACCAAGUCCCUGAGCAAUGUGUCACCCCCCACCAGCGCUGAGCCCCUGGAUCUGGGCUGCAGUUCCUGUGGGACCCCCUUCCAUGACCAGGGUGGGCCCGUGGAGAUCCUUCCCUUCCUCUACCUUGGCAGCGCCUACCACGCAGCCCGGCGGGACAUGCUCGACGCGCUGGGCAUCACAGCGCUGCUGAACGUCUCCUCAGACUGUCCCAACCACUUCGAGGGGCACUACCAGUACAAGUGUAUCCCUGUGGAGGAUAACCACAAAGCUGACAUCAGCUCCUGGUUCAUGGAGGCAAUCGAGUACAUUGACUCAGUGAAGGAGUGCUGUGGCCGUGUCCUGGUGCACUGCCAGGCUGGCAUCUCCCGCUCAGCCACCAUCUGCUUGGCGUACCUGAUGAUGAAGAAGCGCGUCAAGCUAGAGGAGGCCUUCGAGUUUGUCAAGCAGCGCCGCAGCAUCAUCUCCCCCAACUUCAGCUUCAUGGGGCAGCUGCUGCAGUUCGAGUCGCAGGUGUUGGCCACUUCAUACGCAGUGGAGGCCGUCAGCCCCUCGGGGACGCUGCGGGAGCGGGGCAAGGCCACCUCCACCCCCACCUCGCAGUUUGUCUUCAGCUUCCCGGUGUCUGUCGGUGUCCAUGCCACCCCCAGCAGCCUCCCCUACCUGCACAGCCCCAUCACCACGUCGCCCAGCUGUUAGCUCAGGGCCCAGGCCAGCCGGGCAGGCAGUGCCAGGCGAGCAGGGGCGCGGAGCCCUGUGAUGUUAAGCAAUAGUGCCGGACACUGCCAUUCACCCUGGACUCGCCAUCUUUUUAGUAGAGAAAUUUCUUACCUCAUCUUGGUUUGUUUGCUUUUUAUUGUUAUGUUUUGAGAGCACGAAGUUGUAAAAGCCACAAACCUUGACAUUGUCCAGGCUCUUUGGGGGAGGAAAAAAAAGUGUACUGGGUUUCCUCAAGUGCCUGGUCUUCACCUGUUUCCAUCCCUAUUUUACUGUCUUGUUUUACACCUCCCCUUCUCCCCACGUUUGUGGCCCUAGCUCAUCUAGGUUGACAAGGGAGCAUUCCCUGUUUUUACUGUGCAGCAGCCUUCCCCCUUGCAGAGACCUGUGUGUGUGUGUGGUGGGUGCUGCUUACCUGAGCCAGGUACACUUCGGACAAGCAGAGCUGCAGGCAGGGCCUUGGGGCGAGCAGGAGUGGUGGCACAGGGCUGCCUGCACUCAACCCCAGCCCUGCCAGUGGCUGGGGACAGAGGCACCUGCCAAGUCAGCAGCUGAGCCUAUUCCAGGGGGAGAGCAAUCUCUGUGGUUGAGAAGUGGUUUGGAGGGAGAGAUGUAGUCUGAAAUGCCUCUUUUCUUGCCUCUGUGGAUCGCUGGUUUCUAGAAAACUUAGGUCCAAUCUCCUGUGGCUUUAAGAUGAGAAAUAAGGGAUUGGGGCAGCAGUCUGGGCUGCUUUUGAUUACUCUGUUCAGUUUCCUCUCCACCAGUCCCACUGCUGCUCUUCCUAAAGAAGCAGGAUGGGACCUGGGUGGGCUAUAAUAGAAGAGGGAAGCUGUGGGGUGGAGGGCAGGCUGGCCCAGAGGUGUCGUUCAUCCAGCAUUUUCAAGCUUCUCCCACCUCAUGACCAGCCGUUUUCCUGUGCUGAGUCUCGUUCACCUGUGCAACAUUUCUGCAGCUUUUGGUCCAAGCCUUGAAAAUGCCUCAUCUUCAACCCACCUGGAGCCUUAUUUCCCACCCUACCUCUGUCCUUCCCUCCAGUCCAGUCCAACACACAAGAUGCCUGUGUGGCUGAUGUACAUAUGUAUGGUUUUGUUCUUUUUUUUUUUUCUAGAAAUUAACUUUUUAUUUAUUGCCUGAGGGAGGGAGAAAACAUUGUUUGGAGAAAAUAAAAAUAAAACUGUUUUCAACAGUUUGGCUGGAUCAAAUUUGUCCUAAAAUCGAGACAGAGCAGCAGGUUGUGCACACAUUCAAUUUUCACAGAGCAACUGUUAAAAAUGUAUUUAUUGACUUUUAAACUAUUACAAGUAUUGCAGAUCAGACAUUUAGCCAAGCACACUUAUAGAUCAAACUCAGUUGUUACAGAGGUGUUACCUAAAGUCCACCAUGUAGGUAGGCUGAGAAACUGCCCAUCAUCUUCAACUUUGAGAGAGAAGGUAAAAGAAGAAAUAAAUAAAUGAUAUCCCAGCUCCAGGUAAUUGGCAACCAAGAGAGGACAAAUACAGGGCUAGUCAUGAAAACAAGUUACACAAAAAAGGUCUAGAAAUUCAACCCCCAGCUACAUUGCCAUCUGGGUUGUCAGAGAAAGCAAUUAGGAAUGACAAAGCACAAGCUCAUGGGACCGCAGCACAGAAAAUCCCCAUUUCAAUUUCCAAAGCUGAAGCAAGUUCUGCAGAUGUUAAGAAAGUGUCAAAAUUAUCUUGUAAUAGAGAUUCUAAUAAUCUACAUUAGUAAUUAAUGGGACCAGCACUAAAACUUGCCACCAGCACGUUCAGCAAGACCGAUACAUCAAAACCAGUCAGAUAAUGAGACUUGACAGGCAUACGUGUCAGUGCAACAGAAAUGCAUCUGCUUCCCAUGUCCCCUACAGAUUCCCAGGCUCAUUCACCUUGCUUCAGAGAUUUUAACACACAUACAGUGUUCCCUAAUCCCCUGGGUUUCACAUCUACUCUGUGUUUAGAGUGGUGGGAACACUGCCACUCCCUCUCUGCACAUCUGUCCUGCCGCUCUCGGAAAGACCAGGAGAACAGGCUCUGGACUGUGCCAAGCCACCACGUCUGAUCACCAAUGGAUUCAGGUCUGUGGAGGUUCACAAGCCAGUUGCUACAUGAGGCAAGAACUGAAUAUGUGCUUUCCCAGGUCUUCCCUAUCCAGGCUGCAGCAUAGCUUACCCUGCUGCACAAAUAUUCAGCUUAACAUAACUGAAGCAUGCAUUAGAUGCACAUCCUCUUGGAUUUCUGAGCUGGACUUUCUGUAGCAAAGCAGCAUGGAAACAGAGAAAUCCCACUGAAAAUAAAUUCACAUAUUUCCUGACAUUCAGCUUCUGAGAAUGAUUAGCAAUGUUCAAACUAAUCUGUUUUGCAGCUGGACCCUUCCUUUUACCCAUCUUGAAAAAUCCUGCUCAGGGCAAUUUCUGUUAACAGUCCCAUAUGGAAAUUGCAGGCAGUGCAUUAAACUGCUGUCAUUGCAGGGAUGCAGGAGGCUUUUUUGAGAUUUGCCACUGUCUUAAGCAGCUCUCACAGGCCAUGCAGUGGCACAGCAUGUUUGCAUACCUCAGCACCUCACACAUUCACAGGGAGCAGACGCCUCCUCCAACCUAGAACAAACAGUAGGAGCAGCUGGUUUCCAGAGCCAAGAAAGUGCCUUUUUCCAGGAGCUACUCCCUCCCAUUCAGCACAUCCCUUUUCUGUGCCUGCUGGCCACCACAGCCAACAGUGCAGAACAUUUUGCAAGGUUUUUAAUCUGCUCCAGUGUAGAAUUUUCUUCUGGGGUACUCCCAUAACAAACAAGCAAAGUUUAAGUUUGCAGGCAAAAUAAAUUCCUGCUACAUAAUGCAGUGGGAUUCAAUUGCAUCACAUGCAAACACUCGAAACAGAGGUUAGAAAA